GAUGCAGGAGAGGGAUCCGCGGCCACGAGGACCCUUGCGGACCCCCAGGCUGCAAUUUCGAGGGGACGUCACGGCUUGCAUUCACUCUGAUGUCACGUCGGGCAUAUGACGUCGCGCGCGGGCACGGGGCCCUCCGGCCCAGACUUCCAGGAUUCAGUCGGUGACGCCACUGGUGCGCGUGUCAGAGAUGUGGGCAGGAGUGUGGAGGGGGCGCGUCGCCCAGCCUCGCGGGGGACCCUUCCCCUGGGCUCGCGCGCCCCUCCCGCCGCGCCCGGCAACGCCCCCGGGGUCCGGGCCCCGCCCCGCCCCGCCCCCGCCCGCAGGGCCAGGAAGCGCGGAAGGAGCCGCCGGGGGCCAUGGACGGGGCGGUGAUGGAGGGGCCGCUCUUCCUGCAGAGCCACCGCUUCGGGACCAAGCGAUGGAGGAAGACCUGGGCGGUGCUGUACCCCGCCAGCCCCCACGGCGUGGCGCGGCUUGAGUUCUUUGACCACAAGGGCCCGAGCGGCGGCGGGGGCCGCGGGGGCUCGCGCCGCCUGGACUGCAAGGUGAUCCGCCUGGCCGAGUGCGUGAGCGUGGCCCCCGUGGCCGUGGACAGCCCCCCGGAGCCCGGCGCCUCCGCCUUCCGCCUGGACACGGCGCAGCGCUCCCACCUGCUGGCGGCCGACGCGCCGUCCAGCAUGGCCUGGGUGCAGAGCCUGUGCCGCAACGCCUUUCCGAAAGGCAGCUGGGCUCAGGUGCCUGCCCAGAACCCGCCCAAGCUUUCCGCCCUGGAGAUGCUGGAGAACUCGCUAUAUAGCCCCACCUGGGCAGAAUCCCAGUUCUGGGUGACGGUGCAGAGGACCGAGGCGGCGGAGCGCUGUGGCCUGCAGGGCUCCUACGUGCUGAGGGUGGAGGCCGAGAGGCUGACCCUCCUGGCGUCCGGCACGCACGGUCAGCUCCUGGAGCCGCAGCUCUCCUGGCCCUACACUCUGCUGCGACGCUAUGGCCGCGACAAGGUCAUGUUCUCCUUCGAGGCUGGCCGCCGCUGUCCCUCGGGCCCCGGAACCUUCACCUUCCAGACAGCACAAGGAAACGACAUCUUUCAGGCAGUGGAGACCGCUAUACAGCAGCAGAAGGCCCAGGGAAAGGGCGCGCAGGAACAGGACGUGCACCAGGAAGGAGAAGUGGCAGAGGGGAAGUUGAAUUCCCCCACGGGCCCCCAGGAGCCCCGGGGCAGCCCUCUGGUCUUGUAUGCUGAACCCUUAGACUCCUUGCGCGUCCCUCCAGGUCCAUCUCAGGACUCCCUCUACUCAGACCCCCUGGACAGCACCCUGGCCCGGGCGGGAGAGGGCACCCACGUCAAGAAACCGCUCUACUCGGACACGUACGCGCUUGUGCAGCAGCAGUUGCUGAAGGCCAAGCUGAAGGACGCCAGAGAAGACCCCAUCUACGAUGAACCUGAGGGCCGAGCCCCCAUUACUCUCCGGGGCCUCUAUGACCUGCCUCAGGAGCCCAAGGAUGCUUGGUGGUGCCAGGCGCGGGUAAAGGAGGAAGGCUACGAGCUCCCCUACAACCCUGCCACUGAUGACUACGCCGUGCCCACCCCUCGGGGCACCAAGCCGCUCCCAGCCCCCAAGCCCCCACGUCCUGCCUUUGCUGCGGCAGCGGGUGGCAGAGGACAGGGCACAGAUACUCCUCUGUACAGCCAGGUCCAGAAAAGUGGCACCCCUGGGAGCUGGGACUGUGGGCUCGCGAAAGCAGGGACCGACGGGACCGGGGUCAAGUCGGAGGGCUCCACCUGAGAACCAUGCCAGCUUGGGGUUGCUGGGAGAAGGACCCUCUGGAGGUGGCACUAGGGGCCACUGUGACCUGAGGUGCACCAUGGGGUGUCCGUAGGCUGAAGUGUCCGUGUGAGAUAGGGGGCCCAAGGAGGUCAGGGAAGUUAAUGAUCAGGGAGAAUGAUCCAGCCCAAGAAGGCUCAGAAGAGGGACAGACAGAACAGGAAUCUAGGGAAGAGCCCCUGCCCCUGACUCAUCCAGGUCCCCCUCCAUCCUUGCUGGACAGAUGUGUGGGAAGGUGCAGUUAAAGGGACCUGGCCAGAGGCUCUGGGGAAAUGGGAACUGUGCCGGAUUCUAGCCCCUGCAUUGAAGAUACAGUAAAGAUUCCAGAGAUACAAUAAUAGAGCUGCUUUGAAAUUCUCAUUAAAGCUUGGAUUGAAGA